UCAGCUGACUAUGACUGUAUGAAAAACUGAAAACUCCCAUCAUCAGUCUCAUCUUCGCGUCGAACAACGUUCAUUUUCGGAAGAACGUCGAAGCGAGAGUAUUCACGUUGCUUCCAUCACACGCCGUUCGCGACGAGAGAUAGCAAAGAUGUUGUUCUUUGGCAUAUUGUCUGUUCUUUUCCUAACUGUUUCCACGGAAAACUGUUACAACGAUGUUGAAACUUUCUGCAGCACCAGUCCCAAAAGUAAUGGAUUAAUACCGCACUGCAAUGCUAAAUACGGACAUUUCGAUGCGCUUCAGACUGAUUUACGAGAGUUUGCAAGCGCUAAUGUCGAAAAAAGUUUUGAAUUUCUUCUGAUGUCAACGCAUUUCGGAAACUACGAGGCUAAUCGAGAUGGGUUCAAGGGAUUGUACCGCAAACUUUCAGACAAAUUGUGGGAAGACGCGAUAGAUUUGAUUAAAUAUAUCGCACAGCGUGGUGGUACAAUGGACAUGAAUCAGCUUCCACGUGAAGUCGCUGUGGAAACCGCAAAGGAUAGUAGCAGUGAUGUCACAGUAGUGGAACUGACCGAAUUGAAUAGUCUGGCUAAAGCACUCGACAGUCAGAAGCAUCUUGCCAACGAAGCAUUACGCAUUCACACGCAAACGCAGCAUCAUACCAAAGAUGAUGCGGCUGUUGCUCAUUAUAUCGAAGAACAUUUCAUGGGGUCGUUGACCGACCGUGUGAGACAGCUAGCAGGUUAUUCGAACGACCUCAAGAAUAUGCUGAAAGACACGCAUGACGCAUCUCUUUCUGUAUUCCUGUUUGAUGAAUACUUGCAGAAAACUUUAUAAGAAGCUGUCUACAAUAUAACUUAGAAUACAUAUUUCUAUAUACAUUAUCAUUAUUAUUACUGUUUUUUGUCUUUAUCUUCAAUCGAUGUUACAUCUUUCAUAUGUAAAGUAAAAGAAAUAAACACAUAGAAAUUUAUUUUCUA